CCCUCUCAGUCAGGGGCCCAGGGUCAGAGCUUGCCUGUUCCCAGGGCUCCUGGGACUGUUAGAUGCUCCCUGUGGCUCUCAUGUGGGCCUCUGGCUAGCAAGCAGGGGUGAGCGCCCCGCCCAGGGCAGUGGUGCACAGAGACGGCUCGGGGUCCUGGGAUUCAAAUCCUGGGCUCAUUUCCCUUCAGGGCUGCCCUGGGUGGGGAGGGGAAAGGGGGGGUGUGAUGCCUUGUGAGAUGGCCAGUGGCCAGGGAGCUGCGGGGAGCCAGCCCGGAGCAGUUCAUAGUUCAGGGGUUGGGCUGAUGAGGUCAGGAGACCCCCAUGCUCCUUCUCCUCUGAGCACUAUGCCCGGCCUCACAGCAGGGGCAGCACAAGGCCCGGCUUUCCUGUCCUCGUGGCAUCCCGGGAGCAGACAGCGGGGACCCAUCCCCACGUCCUGUGUCUGUUUGCUGCAGGUCCAUGGCCGAGGCCACUGAGGUGGACCUGAACAUGCGUGUGGGGCUGCACACCGGCAGGGUCCUCUGCGGGGUCCUGGGCCUGUGCAAGUGGCAGUACGAUGUGUGGUCCAACGAUGUGACCCUGGCCAACGUCAUGGAAGCUGCCGGCCUGCCUGGGAAGGUUCACAUCAUAAAGACCACCCUGGCAUGCCUGAAUGGUGACUGUGAGGUGGAGCCGGGCCAUGGACACGAGAGGAACAGUUUUCUGAAAACUCAUAAUAUCGAGACCUUUUUUAUCGUGCCCUGACAUAGACGA